AUGGGGAAGGAAAAUUGCAAGUGCUCGUCGUCUUGGGUACAACGUUUUCGUGCUCGUCAUAAUAUUGUGGCUGGAAAAGUUUGUGGUGAAGCGGCUGGCGUUCCUGAAGGUGUGACUGAAGAGUGGCUCUCUCAUAAGUGGCCUACACUGUGUGAAGGAUACAAACCAGAAGAAAUCUUUAAUGCGGAUGAAACCGGAUUGUUUUUUAAUUUAACCCCUGACAAAACACUAAAAUUCAAAGGUGAGCAAUGCAAGGGUGGGAAAUUGUCUAAAACCAGAAUUACAGUGUUGGUUGCUGCGAACAUGACUGGAUCGUGUAAAAAAAAACUAUUAGUGAUAGGAAAAGCUAAAAACCCGCGUUGCUUUAAGAACAUACACUGGUUGAACAUACAUAAUAUGAAAACAACACUAGAUCCUGGAUGA